GAGCAAUUAUUGGAAAAUGGAAGAAGCCAAAGAUAACUGUCAAUCUCCCUCUGACUGGGGCUCCAUGCAAGAUCUACCUUGUAGCGUCCUAAGAACAGUGAGUAAUCAGCCAAGAACUACACAGGAGGAGCUGGUAAAUGACCUGAAAGGAGAUGGGACCACCAUUUCCAAGGUUACUGUUUGUAAUGCACCUUAAUGGUUUAAAAUCAUGCAUGGGACUGAAGGUUCCCCCUGCUUAAACCAGCACAUGUCCUGGGCCGGUUAAAGUUUGCCAAUGACCAUUUGGAUGAUCCCGCGGAGUCAUGGGAGAAAGUCAUAAUUCUGAUGGUGUUUGGAGAAAGAAUAAUAAUGAGUACCAUCCCAAGAACACCAUCCCUACUGUGAAGCAUGGGGCUGGUAGCAUCAUUCUUUGGGGUUUUUGUCUGCACAUGGAACUGGACGACCGGCAAACUUUUACCUCUUUAGUGGUAUUUUUUCAUUUAGUUUGGACCCGAUGUAGAAAAUAUUUGUUAAAUGUAAUUUGUGUUUCAGAUCAAAUAAUCCAUAAAAUGAGGAGAAUGUCUAUAUAAAUAUAAGCAAUCGAAAGUACAAAAGUGAAGAAAAGUAAAACAUAGAAUUUCAGAAUCGUGACGGUUUGGGAAACCAGUGUUUUUAUAUGUCAAUGCAAAGAAACCAACUAGGGACCUGGUAACAAAAUAUGGGCUACAUAGUGGUUAUCUUUAAUAUAUUUAUACAGGUAAGCAAAUCAAGGAGAUCUAGACAUUCUCUGAAAAAACUAACCCAGCUGUGGGAAAAAAAGCAAUCAUCUUGCAUUUCAAUGUAAAAGUCGAUUUCCUGUGCUAAUGUUAACACAAACGUGAAAUUUUCCGCAACAUGGGAAAGUCCCCUUCUGCGUAACAGUUUACAUAGUUUUCAAUGGUCGCCUUACCAAACCAAAUGUAAAACUAGCAUUUACAAAUAUGUUAUAAUGCAAAGACGUAAUCAAACAAGUACUUAGAUACGUGAUUUUCUCCAUUUUCCCAUAAAUGUCUCAAUCACUGCUGUCAGUUCCAUAGGAAAACAGUACAGCUCUGUUUUUCCUUGGAAGUACGCACGCCUACAUGAACCACAUGACCACCUGCGGAAAGAUGAGAGUAUCGCAGCUCUUUCUACAUGGCUCUAGAAUGGACCCAUCGCUAAGCCACAGAAUUGAAAAAUGUAGUUGAAAUGUAUAUAUUUUUGAUCAACUUAAGUAUAUGUAUGUAGUAGGAAAUAUUUGGAAAAAUUAUAUUCCUUUUAUAUGGUAAAGUCCAAAUUUAGGACAGAAGUACAUGCAGCAACUGCUUGUGAUUUCAUGAACUAUGUAAUCCAAUCAACCCGUCAGCCCAUUACUCCAUUACAACGUUAUUCAUUUUGCCAUGAAUUUAUGCAUUUUAUCUCCUGCCUGGGCUUCAAUGUAGUGGCCCGAUAAAUGAUGCCGCAUGCAGGUAAAUAAUUCAUUGGCAGGCAAGGUGAAAGUCAAAACUGGUCUACUGUUUCACUUCCCUUACAAGAGCUAGAAAACAUCCAACCAAAACUAGUGGUGUUUACAAUAUCUGAAAUGCACAGCAGGGACUGUGUUAAAGUGGCCGUCAGAGUCCGCCCGUUCAACAAGAGGGAGCGUGACGCGGGCAGCCGCUGCAUCAUCGCCAUGGCGGCGAGCUCUAUCAGCAUCCAGGACCCACGUGACCCUCAGUGCCGCCGAUCCUUCUGUUUCGACUAUGCAUAUUGGUCCCACAGUGGUUACGUCAUCGAUGACCGCACAGGCCUCUACCUGCCUGAGGAGGCAGGGGGGCGCUAUGCAGACCAGGAAUGUGUGUUCCAGGACCUUGGAGAGGGAAUUUUGGAAAAUGCACUUCAGGGAUACAACUCUACUCUUCUGGCCUAUGGACAGACAGGCUCUGGGAAGAGUUACUCCAUGGUGGGCUACAAGCCCAAUAAAGGUCUGGUUCCCAAACUUUGUGAGCGACUCUUUGAGGCCAGUAAAGAAAACCAGGAUACCAGACAAUGCCAGGGAAGUAUAUGUACUAGGACUGUCUUCUUCAGUAUGUUGGAAAUCUACAAUGAGCAGGUGGUAGACCUGCUGUCUCGUGGUUCUCGUCCUCCUGGGGGCCUCCGUGUCCGAGAGGAGCAGCACAGGGGCUUUUAUGUGGAGGGUCUGCGUACAGUUCCAUGUGACAGUGCAGCACAGAUUGAGCAGCUGAUGGAGCAGGGAACCAGAACCAGAACUACAGCUGCUACACUCAUGAAUGCUAACAGUAGCCGCUCACACAUGCUUAUUGUACUGCAGCUCAAACAGAUCUUGUCUAAAGAGAGCGUCACUAAACAAUCCAACAUCAACCUGGUGGAUCUGGCAGGAAGUGAGCGUCAGAGGUCAGCAUCAUCCGAGGCGGACCGUCUCAAGGAGGGCACGGCCAUCAACCUCAGCCUCACCACUCUGGGCAACGUCAUCAGCGCUCUUGCUGACAUGGCAGUGGGAAGGAAGGUGGUGCAUGUUCCAUACAGAGAUUCAGUUCUUACUAAACUACUGCAGUCGGCUUUGGGAGGAAACAGCCGUACUGUUAUGAUUGCCACACUAAGCCCUGCUGACAUCUGCUAUGAAGAAUCUCUGUCUACACUGCGUUAUGCAGAGAGGGCAAAGCACAUCCAGAACCGUCCUGUAGUGAACGAGAGCCCAACUGAGCGUCUGGUCAAAGAACUCAAGGCGGAGAAUGCCAGACUCAUGCAACGACUGAGUCGGCUGGGCCAGGAUGGACGCAGUGCCAAUGAUGAAACCAAGGAGAUCCGUCAGCUACUGACACACAAUGAGCUUCAGAUCAGAACCAUUCACACUUUGUGGGAGCAACAUCUGCAGGAGGCGCUUAAGGACUGGGAGCAACAGUAUGCCAACAUCACACAGGAGAGGAGAAUGAUGCAGAUGCACCCUUACAUCUUGAACAUCAAUGAAGAUGCUCAACUGUCUGGUGUCGUCAAGCUUUUCAUCCCGGAAGGUGAAUGGGACAUUGGCAUCAACGAAGGCACUUCUAGAUCCAUCUCCAUCAAGGGUUUAGGGAUUCAGCAGCGCCACGCUGUUUUGAAGAACGAACAGAGACAUGUAACGCUAACCCCUCUAAAGGGGUCUAAGGUGACCAUCAAUGGAAGAGUUGUUUCUCAGACCACUGAGCUGCAACACCUGGACCGAGUCAUUCUCGGUUCCAACUGCACUUACCUUUAUAUCGGCUUCCCAUCUGAGAGGGGUGCUAAUGACUGGAGUCGCUACGACUAUGACUACUUCCUGUCUGAGCUGGCUGAAGCUGAGGGUAUUCACCUGGGUGAAAACAGUACUGAUUCCUGUCAGACGGAUCCAAGUCUGCUGGCCGUCUUUUACGAUUACAUCAGAUUGAUGCCCUUGGUGGCUGAAGCCAACCAGAUGAGUCAAGAACUAAAUAAGGGUGUAGAAUUUAAACUCGAGAUUAAGAAUCUGGUUCUGUCAGACUCAAAAGGACAUGACCUGGAGAAGGAGAUUGUUUGCAGAGUUACCUCAACGCACAGCAAACAGGUAUGGGUGUGGUCCAAGGCCAAGUUUGUGAACCGCAAAUUCCUGAUGGAAGAAAUUUACCAGAAACAUCUGGAGGAAAUGAAAGGACAAAAUACAGAAGAGGGCCUUUCCACUGCUGCCCUGCCCAGAGAGAAAGACCCUUUUUGGGAUCCGGUAGAACCACUGCUCCUUGGAACUGCACACCUCUGGCUUCAGUCUCUGGCCUUCCGCAUCCCUGUAGACGAGCAACUGGAGGUGCUUGGGUCUGAAGGUAGUGAGGAGGCCAUUCUACAAGCAAAACUGAUUCCUUGCACUCCUGAUGGAUUACCUCUGGGUGAAGAUGAAAUCCUCAUUGAACCGUCCGAGUUACUCGGCCGGCGACUUGACGUCCAGCUGGUUUUGGAACAAUGUUUUGGUCUGCACUGGAUCAGAGAGUCUCGCGACCGAGGCAUUCAGAUUGGUUUCCAUUUGUUCGACAGUGCAAGUCGUGUGUACACAGCUGCCGCAUGGCGCCACGUUAACCCCAUGCUACGCCACACAGUGCACUUUGCGUCCCUUAACGUCUCCCAGCAGCUACUAGACUACCUUCAGACCAGCGCUGUGCUCCUGGAGCUUUGGGGGCUUCAAGAGGGCUGCGCUAGCCUGGUGUCACCUUUGGAGAGAGCAAGAGGAAACACAGAAGGCAUCUUCAUCAUCGAUUUGAAUGGCAUGGCUGAUACGAAUGUGCAGCCUGCAGAUUGCUUAGAGCCAAACAGUUCACUGAGCAGACUUCAGAGGGAUCUUGAAGAGCAGAAAAGAGUCAACAACACUUUAUUGAAGGAGAACCAGCGUUUAAGAACACAGCUUAACGGUGGUGACAGUACGCGAAGUCGCUCGGUUCGCCCCAGUUGCGACGCCGAGUUCGCACGCUCGCUGAAGCGGUUCUACCACAGUAUGACCUCGGUCAGGGCUCAGCUGCAGAGUCUGCAAAGACGCAGGCCUUGCGAGUCCUGUGACCUGCUGGGACUGCGCCUCUUUGUGGAUGAGCAUAGCGGGAUGCUGAAGGACUUCUCGGAGAAUCUGGAACAAAGCGUAUCCGCCCUCAAACACGAUGUUGCUACCAUCGUUCGACGCAAGCGGGAAAGACUGGGAACCUGGUCAUGACAUGUGCAAAUGGUGGUCAAAGCAUGAAAUAUAAAAAGUUUUUUUUUUUUUUUUUAACCAGAAAUCAUGAUUUUAAAUAUUUUAAAUAAAAAUGUUCACAACCAACAAUUCACCUUGAGAAAACCAGUGAUAGCUAUAUCCAGCAAUUCCGAUGACAAAAAUUAUGUCCUUGU